AUGAAUCGACCAGGCCAACCUCAACAGAGAGCUCCGAAUCUCACAGCAAACCCUGCGCUUUCAAGUCAGUUUCGCCAGGCGUAUCCGGGAUAUGGCAUGCCACCGCGCAACGUCCUCCAACAGGCUGGCUCGGGAUACGUUCCUACCAUUCAACCCAACACCCAUCGAACAACAACCCAGCAAAACCAGGUACCAACUCUCUCUUCGCAAUCAAGCCAGGGAUUCAACCCUCCGAGGGGACAGGGCAACUACACGUUCGGACCUGGAGUACUAGGCCAGCACCAGCCAUCAUCGGUUCUACAGCAACAGCAGCAGCAGCAGCCACCUCCAUCACAGCAGCAGCAGCAACAACAACCACCGCAAACAAAUGGGGCGCAGAGUACAUUGUCUUCGCUAAUGGCUCAAACAUCUGGUAUGGGCGCGACUCCGGCGGCAUCGUCAGCGGCAGAAGUUAGUCUGGAUCCGAACGACUUCCCGGCUCUGGGCUCUACACCUACGAAUACGUCCAGUAUCAACAACAACGGCACAGGCCAACCUACUACAACAAGCUAUGCUAGUCAAGCAGGCACAGGGAUGUUGUUGGGUGGUACAGGGGGCUCAGGCAACGCCGCUGGCAGUUCACUAACGGGAGCGCAGACGCGAGAUUUUACUCCAGAUGAUUUUCCAGCUCUAGGAGGCCAGGCUCCCUCAAAUCAAACUCGUGAUUCCUUGCAAAAUCAACUUUCUGGCCAGGAAAAUCUGUCUCACCCACCAGGACUGAAUGGAUUCCCUCCGUCUGAACAGCAGCAACAGCUUCGCCAAAAUAUGAUUGGAAACUUACAGCAAGGCACACCAGGCAUGCUUAACUUGGGGCCAACACAAUCGCGGAAUAUACACCCCGGAUUCCAAGUCCAAUCGGAAGCGGAGAAACAGCAACAGAGGAAUAACUAUUCUUUGAAGUUGAGCCAAGCAUCACACGCAGCAUGGGGUUCUCCAAAUGUCAAUCCAAACACUCAAACACAGCCAUCUGGUGUUGUGGCUGGAUCUAAUGGUGCUUUCUCACAAAAUGAGGCUACACAUACGCCCGGUACAACUGCAACCACAAAUGCCCCUACUGCAGGCGGGCCCCCUCCGUUAUCAUCCAAUGGUCUCGGUAAUGUUGAAUCGCAUCCGAACACAAGCAUACCAAACCCUAACGGAAGCUCGAAUCCCAUACCUACGACAACUGCCAGCGUGAAUCCAACUUCAUUACCAACGAACCCUUCACGACUGCAACAUCCACAAACGCCAGCACAACAGGUAUUAAUUAGUGCAGCCGAUCGCUGGGGUCUACUGUCUUUGAUCGCGAUGAUGAGGAAUGCUAGCGCUGAUGCAGACCAUGGCUUGAGCAGUAUAGGGACAGAUUUGGGAACGAUGGGGCUAGAUAUGUCAUUCCCUGGCAACCUCUAUUCUACUUUCAUUACACCAUGGGCAGAUCAAUCAGCAGCGCGUACAGUGGAGCCAGACUUCCACCUUCCUGCAUGCUAUCUCAGUGUGCAAGCACCUCCGCCAGGGCCAACGAAGGCCAAUAUGUUCAGUGACGAAACCCUUUUCUUCAUGUUCUAUUCCAGUCCAAGGGAUGCUCUCCAGGAAGUUGCAGCCCAAGAAUUAUGGAACCGGAACUGGAGAUACCACAAAGGACUUCGGCUAUGGAUAACCAAAGAAACGGGUACUUCACCUUCACAGAAAGUGCAAGGUGGUGGAGGCGAACAGGGCUCAUAUACAAUUUGGGAACCCGAAAACUGGGCCAAAGAACCCAGGAAUCUGACGGUGCUAUAUUCAGACCUCGAGGAAAAGUCCCAUCCUGCCUUCGUCAACACUGCUGGGUUGGUUCUCGCAAAUAACCAAUCGCAGGCUCAAGUGACACAGCAGCCUACACAGAUGGCGGCCCAGCCUCAGCUGCCUUCGAGGGGUCCUGCCUUCCAGAUGGGUAUGGCCGGAUUGUGA